GUGGUCAUUCAAGACUGGAAUGAGAAUAAAAAUGACUGCUACGGUUUCUUUAUACUAAAGAAGGCUAUUCUGACAAUAAAACGAAGUCAUGAAAGGGCAGAGAGGGAAACAGACCCCCAAGCAAGAUGCCUUGGAGCACAUUGUCGCUUGUAAAGACAAACCCUUCCUGGAGGAAAAGUUCAUUGACUCUUUUAAAGGAAGAGGUGUGUUCACUAAGGAAACCAUCAAGCCAUCUAUGUUUGUUGUGGAAUAUCGUGGGAAUAAAUUCUCAAGAGGUAUCAGAUCUGAGGAGAGAGGUGGCGAUGCUUUGAAUGGUUUUGUUUUUGAAUUUUCAUGGAAAGGAGAGCAAUGGUGCAUUGAUGCUUCGAAAGAAGAUGACACACUUGGCCGACUUGUGAAUGAUAAUCACAUAAGUCCAAACUGUGAAAUGAGGAAGGUUGUUUGUGAAGGGAAGCCACACUUGUGCCUGUUUGCAGUAGAAGAAAUCUCUCCAGGCGAGGAAAUAACAUAUUACUAUGGAGAGUCCAGUUAUGAGUGGCGCUCAAAGGAAUUUUACUCUGGGUUGACUUCUUUAAAGAGAGACGGCUCUCCUUUCUCAUCAACACCACGGUCUAAAAGGUCAAAGAAGUCAGAAAAAUCCUACCGUGAAGAAUCUUCUGACAAUGACGAUGAACAACCAGGACCAAGUCUUUGCAGUUUUCCAGAGACUUCACAUUCGGCUGCGCGGGAAUCUUCUCCGGACCUUACCGACUCUUUCAUGGAGCCAUCAGAGGAGGACUCUCCUGAUGAACACAAGUCCAAAAAGGAUUAUAAAGCCUGCAAACCCAAACAAAAACGCAUGACAGUGUCUCUCACAAAAGACAAAAUGUUCACUUCCAAAAAUCACUGCUUUGUUUGCAGAAAAGCGAUACACAAAAUUUCUCGCCAUUUCAAAAAGCACGCUAAGGAAGAACCUGAAAUCGCAGAGGCAUUUUCAUUUCCUCCAAACUCAACCGAACGCAAAAGGCUGCUCAACAUAUUAAGAAACAGAGGAAAUUUUGAUCACAAUCAGGAAGUGCAGAGGAGUAACACUGGAGAAUUGAAAGUAAAAAGGCGACCAAAAUCUGGCAACAUGAGUUCAACAAACUAUAUGUACUGUCCGUAUUGUAAAGCCAUGAUGACACGAUCAGAAAUGUGUCAUCAUAUCCCCAACUGUAUUAAAAAUGCAAUUUCUGUAAAUAAAAGUGUCAUAAAUGACACUGAGGAGUUGGAGUCAGUGCACAGUGUCCCUCCUGAUGUGAAGAAGAUACUUUCAGGGAUGGAACAAGAUGAAGUGGGACUUGUGAUUCAAAAUGAUCACCUUCUGAUCCAGCUGGCAAAGAGUUUAUGCAGAAAGUACAGAAACAACCCAAGCAAGGAGCAUUCUGUCCAGGAGAAGCUGAAGGAAGUAGGGACACUUUUGUUGGAUCUGAAUAAAAAGAGAAUAUUAAGCUUUGAAGAUGCAAUACAAUCCAAGAAAUUCUCCUGCAUUGUCAAUUCAGUGAAAAACAUUGUGGGUUUUGAUCCCGUAAUGCAGACUUACAGCAAGCGAGGACUUGCUUUCAAUUUGGGAAAUUCACUGAAGAGGAUCGCCAAAAUCAUUCUUAAUGGGGAAAAUACCAGUGAAACAAUGAGGAGUUCUGCUAAAAUAUUCCUAGAAAUGUGUGAGAAAGAGUGGGGUGGACUUGUGUUAGACACCACCUUUUCAUCAGUGAAAGGACAAAAAGUUGGCUGUCCAGCUGCAAUACCUUUCACACGUGAUGUACAAGCUUUCCAUUCCUACCUGGAAAGAUUAUCAGCUUCUGCCACUGAAAGCUUGAAGACGUCUGACGAUCCUCAAGUCUUUAAUGUACUUUCCAGGGUCACACUUACACAGAUUACAGUUUUGAGCAAAUGUACAACUGAGGUUUCAGAAAUGACACUGAAGUCUUUCGAGGAGAGGGCCAACUCCACCACACUGUUGUCCAAGCACUUCGUCAAGAUAAAUAUUCAGAGCAAGAGUGGCCAGAACGUCGCCAUUCUACUGACCUCUGAACUCACCAGCACCAUAACUUUACUGAUCAGCAAGAGGCUGGCCUGUGGUGUCCAUGAGGACAAUCCUUUCUUGUUUGCAAAGCCAGACUCUUCUGUCACAAGUCACUACCACGGCUCUCACUGUAUCAAGUCUUUUUCAAGCCUGUGUCAAGCGGAGAACCCUGAGAAUCUCUGGGCUGCCCAUCUCUGCAAGCACAUGGCAAGAAUAUUCCAGAUUCUGAUGGAGAACGACGAGCUUGAACACCUUAGAGAACUAGUUGGCCAUGAGAUCAACACCAACAAGGAAUACUACCAGUCCCCAGAGGUGGCCGUUGAGCUUGCUAAAAUCUCUAAACUCCUUCUGGCAGUGGAGAAAGGAACUCUGGACAGAUUCAAAGGAAAGUCUCUGGGGGAGGUUGAGAUUGAUGAUGAGCUGGAGUCAGAUGGGGGGCAGAGCAGUGGCGGAGAAGAUGUGGAAAAGUCCAAUGAAGAGUCAGGUUCUCCACUUCAACAAUGUGAUGUUGCAGAGCAGCUCGGUGGACAGCUGACUCCGGCUGUUCAGGAUGCUUUGGAGCACAUAAAGGCUCAAAGAGACAAACCCUUCCUUCAGGAGAAGUUCAUAGACUCUGAUAAAGGGAGAGGUGUGUUCACCAAGGAAUCCAUUGAGCCGUCUUCCUUUGUUGUUGAGUAUCGGGGGAGGAUCUCUACUUGCCAAGAAAGCUCUGAGAAGCAACCUGGAGAUUCGUUAAACAAUUAUGUGUUUAGCUUUUCAUGGAAAGGAUCAAACUGGUGUGUUGACGCUUCAGCUGAUGAUGGGAGUUUGGGUCGGCUCGUAAACGAUGACCACCUUGAUCCAAACUGCAAUGUAGUGAAGAUUACCUAUGAGGAGAAACCACACCUGUGUCUGUUUGCACUGAAAACAAUAUCAGCUGGUGAGGAGAUAACCUUCGACUAUGGGGGGUCUUCGUACUCAUGGCGCCCAGAGGAUACUAACGAGGAUGUAAAUAUUCCUGAAAAAGACUUGGAAAAGGAUCCAGCUUUCUCCAUCCAUAAAAAACUUGAGGACUCUGCAGCAGAAUCAUUCAGCUCUGCUGAAUCCUCCGGAGAUGAAUACGUCUGCAACGAACAACCAGACAGCGAUGACAGUUUCUCAGAGUCCAAACUGCCUGACGGGGCUUCGUCCACCAUAGAGGGAGACGGGUCUCGCUCCAGCUCUGACGACUGGGACUCUGACACGCCGACCAAAGCUACUUCCUUGACGAGGAAGAACUACUGUUAUGUUUGCGGAAGACCUCAGUCAAAAAUCUCCCGUCACCUCUUAACCCACAGAGCGGAGGAGCCUGAGAUCGCUGAGGCAUUUGGGAUGAGUCGCAAUAGUAUGGAGCGAAAGAAACUGCUUCAAAAGCUGCGGAACAGGGGGAACUACAAUCACAACCAGGAGGUGCUGAGAACUCGAAAAGGAAAACUUAAAGUGAGGCGAAAAACAAACACGUCCUCCAUCAAGAAUACUGCUACCUGCAUUUACUGUAAGCUCUUGUUUAUUCGAAAGAAUUUAUGGAGGCAUCUUCAGAAAUGUCCUAUGAGGAUCUCAUCCCCUCUAGAAGGCAAGUCAGGGAUUUUGGCAUUAGUUGCAUCUGGGCUAACAGAACCUGAAAACAGGUCGUCGGGCGUGAGAAAGAUCCUAAAAAAACUGAAAGAAGAUGAAGUUGCCUCCUUAGUUUUAAAGGAUCCUUACCUUUUGCGGCUGGCUCGCUGUUUGUACUACAUGUACAUGAAGGAUGGCAAGAGCAAAGACUACGAAGUCCGUCGGAAACUGAGACAAAUGGGAAAACUGCUCGUAACCUUGAAAGAAAAGUCUAUAAUGAGCAUUGAGGAGGCUUUAAAACCACAGAAUUUUAAUGUUGUUAUUGAAGCAGUGAGGAAAGUCCCAGCCAUGAGGAAAACCAUCAACGCCAAGCCACUUUCAACAGUAAUCGGAUACUCACUUAAGAAAAUGGCUGAUAUAAAAUAUGCUGUAGCUUUGAGCAACAAAGCGGAUAGUGAGACGAUAGAGGAGGCGAAGGAGUUCCUGAAACUGUGUGAGAAGGAAUGGGCUUCAAACGUACCAAUUCGACAGGGAGUACAGGGAGCACCAACUUUACCCUUCAUCCAGGACGUUCAGCUGCUGUUCCAGUACAUUCACAAUUCGGUGAGCUCUGCAGUCUCAAUUCUGACCAAGUUUCAAAGUCCGCCAGUCUACACUGCCCUCCUCAAAGGGGUCUUCGCAUAUGUGUGCAUACUGAGCAGAAACAUCACUGACAUCUUGUAUGUGACCCUGGAGUCGUUCCUGCAGUGGAGUGAAUCUCAGCCCCAGGAAAAUGCUGACACCAAGGAGCCAUUGCUUGACAAAGUUCUCUCCAAACGGCUCGUUAAGAUCAACAUCGUUAACCAAAAGAACCAAAACGUAGUUCUCAGUCUGACCUCAGAGCUGCUCUCUGCAAUCACCAUGUUGGUGGAGAAGAGAAAACAAUGUGGCGUGCCCGAUGGUAACCCCUAUCUCUUUGGAUGGCCGGAUAAAUUGUCCAUCAACAUCUACAAGUGGCAGCGGAUCAUCUCCAUGUUUGUGAGUUUGUGUGGCGCCAAAGGUCAGAAGAACCUAAGGUGUCCGUUAUUCCGUAUACACAUGGCAAGAAUUUUCCGCAUUCUCAUCCUGAAUAAAGAGGAGCUCAGCCAGUUGGCCACACUGCUGGGGUGCGAUGUUCAAACCGAGAGCGAGUUCUACCAGAACCCGGAGGCGGUUGGAGACAUCGCAAAAAUCUUGGUGCUGCUGUCGGCUAUGGAGACCGAAUGUCCGGCCAUGUUUCAAGGAAAAUCUUUGGAGGAAAUCGAAAUUCCAGAUGAGCUGCCGGCGGUGAUGGAGUACAGCAGGAGAGCCUCUGAAGCUUCUGGUCAGGGGGACGGUGGUUCUCCCUCAUCAACAAAGAAGAAAGGCAAAGGUUCUUCCAAGAGGAGUCGAGACAAAAAGAAGGAGGAAGACGAGGAGGAUCAGGCUGAAGUGACUCGUGAGAAAAAUGAAACGGAGAAAGAACCAGAGCAGAGCAGCGAGACGCAGACCAAUAAUCAAACCACUGCAGCUCCUAACAAACACAACGAGAGUGAGAUUUAUUUUAGCGACGAAGACGUAGACAUGAAUGUAGAUUUUAAUAUUGACAUUGACGUAGACGACGACGAUGAUGAUGAUGUAGGAAAAGAAGGAAGUAAGGCUGAUGACUCUGAGGCGAACCUUGGCCGUCAGGAUAAAACUGAAGAGGAGAURAGUGAGACUCAGAGGGACAACUCCUCUGAAGACACGAUGGGACAAAAGAACGAMGCCGAYGAUGUCAGAAAAGAAGGAAGUAAGGCUGAUGABUCUGAGGCGAACCUUGGCCGUCAGGAUAAAACUGAAGAGGAGAUGAGUGAGAUUCAGAGGGACAACUCCUCUGAAGACACGAUGGGACAAAAGAACGACGAUGAUGAUGUCAGAAAAGAGGGGAAUAAAGCUGAUGAUGACUCUGAAGCAAACGCUGGAGUUCAGGAUAAAACAGAAGAAGUCGAGACGAUGGGACAGAACAAAGAGGCAGACGGAGAAGAUGAUGAUGAUGAUGAUGAACAGGGAGGCUGGAUGGGAGCAGAAAGUGGAGGAUCUUCUCCUGUACGCACAGAAGAGAAACGCAGCAACUUUGAGGCAGCAAUGAAAAGCAUGAAAGAAAUAAAGAUUUUGAUCCGCAAACUGAACAUUGAGAACUUGCAGAUUCCUGUCCGGGUUUCACGGUUUCCUCUGAGUGAGAAUCAGUCGGUCAAAGGUCAGCCGCCACCGAUCGCUGAAGUCGAGCGUCGAUCCACUUCCACGUCCACGGAGGAAACCAACAAACAGAGAGACACAAAGGCUGUGAAGAUGAACUGCUCCCACUGUCGGAGGAUCAUAACGAAGGGACAAACGGCGUACCAGAAGAAAGGCUUCACAGACGUCUUCUGCUCCAAAGACUGUCUGUUUGAGAUGUUUCUUCCCAGCAAAGCAGCUCAGAGGACCUGCUACUACUGCUUCAGGGAGAACCUGCAGCCGCUGGAGCUCAUCAUGGCCGCCGUGGACCUUAAAGGAACCGUGAGAGACUUCUGCAGCACCGCCUGCUUGUGCUCCUUCAGAUCCAGCUCUCCUUCUCUCCAGAGAAAGUUCACCACCACAUCCACCCAGACGCUGUCAUCGCUCUGCAGCGCCUGCAGCAAAACCUGCGUGAGCGAGCUGGAGCUGAAGGUGGAUGAGUGCCUGCACCGGUUCUGCAGCGUCGUCUGCCUGGACGCGUUCUGCAGGGAGAACCUGGGGGUCUGUGAGAACUGCAGCCAGUCCUGCAGGAAGAAGCCGCUUCAGCUGAGGCUGGAGGACGGCUCAAAGACCAUCUGUGGUCCGGACUGUCUGGAGGAAUUUAAAAAGAACGUCAUGGCGGCCCAGGAGUGUUCCGUGUGCCGAGCUGCUCAGCUGCCGUCAGACAUGGUCAGCCACAAAAACAAGGAGAACGCCGUGGAUCUCUUCUGCUCUCACUACUGCGUGACGUCCUUCAAGGCGCUGCCCGCUGAGUGCCAGAACAUCAAAACCCGACCGGACGACAUGGCCAGACUCAUCAUCGCUAGCGAUGACGGCGCCUGCUGCGGCUGCAGGAAGCAGCUGAAGCGAGCGUCUGCAGUUUACCACUUGAAGAAAACGAAGCAGCUGUUCUGCUCGGAGGCGUGCGUCACUAAAACGCUUCCCCACGUCCAGUUCGACACCAGAAGGUGUUACAACUGCUUCCAGUAAGUCCAGGAUGCUUCAGUUAUUCUCAAAUUUAUG